AUGGCCACCUGCUGGCAGGGCCUGUGGGCCUAUCGCUUCUACCUGAUUGUAUUCUUCCUACCCAUUUUCCUGCUGCCUCUGCCCAUCCUCGUCCCAACGAAGGAAGCCUAUUGCGCCUACACCAUCAUCCUCAUGGCGCUCUUCUGGUGCACCGAAGCGCUGCCGCUGGCCGUCACUGCCUUCCUCCCCAUCAUCAUGUUCCCCAUGAUGGGCGUAAUGACUGCUUCCACGGUCAGCCUUGAGUACCUGAAAGAUACCAACAUCCUAUUCAUUGGGGGGAUGAUGGUGGCCCUCGCCGUGGAGAACUGGAAUCUGCACAAACGCAUUGCCCUCUGCGUGCUCCUCAUCAUCGGGGUGCGGCCCGCCCUGCUGAUCCUGGGCUUCAUGUUGGUUACGGCCUUCUUGUCCAUGUGGAUCAGCAACACGGCCACCACCGCCAUGAUGGUGCCCAUCGCCCAUGCCGUUCUGGAGCAGCUGCACAAGAUGCCCACAGACAGGGAUGUUGAGGAGGGCAGGAACAACCCCGCCUUUGAACUCCAGGAACAGAAGGAAGAGACCAAGCUUGACGAGAAAGACAACAAGCAGGAUCGCCCUGCUCCACCGACUCCUUCGGAGUCCAAGACACAGCAGAACAAGGAGCAGCUCCGCUUCAGCCAGGGCCUGAGCCUGUGUGUGUGCUAUUCGGCCAGCAUCGGGGGCAUCGCCACCCUGACCGGCACCACCCCCAACCUGGUGCUGCAAGGCCAGGUCAACUCGAUCUUCCCCCAAAAUGGCAACGUGGUGAACUUCGCCUCCUGGUUCGGCUGUGCCUUCCCUGCCAUGAUCAUCUUACUGCUGCUUUCCUGGGUGUGGCUACAGAUCCUCUUCUUAGGAUUCGACUUCCGGAAGAACUUUGGCUUGGGGGACCAGAACAGGGAUCAGGAGCGAGCAGCUUUCGAAGUCAUCCAGAGAGAGCACAAGCUGCUGGGCCCCAUGAACUUCGCGGAAAAGGCUGUCACCUUCCUCUUUGUCUUGUUGGUGGUGCUCUGGUUCACUCGGGAGCCAGGCUUUUUCACAGGCUGGGGUAACCUGGCUUUUUCUGAUGAGAAUGGAAAGAGCAUGACAUCCGAUGGGACAGUAGCCAUCUUAAUCGCUGUAAUUAUGUUCAUCAUGCCCUCCAAGAUCCCAGGGCUGACUCAGAAACCAGGAAACCCAGGGAAGCUGAAGGCCCCUCCUGCCCUCCUCACCUGGGAUAUAGUAAAAAAGAAAAUGCCUUGGAAUAUCGUGAUCCUUCUGGGUGGUGGCUUUGCCCUGGCCAAGGGCAGUGAGGAAUCGGGCCUGUCGAAGUGGCUGGGGGAUAAGCUGACUCCACUGGAGAGUGUGCCACCUGCUGCCAUCGUCUUUAUCAUCUGCCUCCUGAUUGCCAUCUUCACUGAGUGCACCAGCAACGUGGCCACCACGACACUCUUCCUGCCCAUCCUGGCCUCCAUGUCGCAGGCCAUCUGCAUCCACCCUCUCUACGUCAUGCUCCCCUGCACCCUUGCCAGUUCCCUGGCCUUCAUGCUGCCCGUGGCCACCCCGCCCAAUGCCAUCGCCUUCUCAUUUGGAGGCCUCAGAGUGACAGACAUGGCCCGAGCGGGAUUCAUGCUCAACAUCAUCGGGGUUCUGGUCAUCACGCUGGCCAUCAACAGCUGGAGCAUCCCCAUGUUCGACCUGCACAACUUCCCCUCCUGGGCCCAGUCCAACACCACAGGCCUCUGCGGGGUCAGCCAGGCAAACGUCACAACAUCUAGCCCCUAG